AAAAUGCAUCUCCAACUCAUUGCUAUUUUCACUUCUAUAAUAGCAUUUAGAGGUGAAAUUGCUCCAACCCACAUCUAUUUCUUCCUCUAUAAUAGAGAUCUCUAUUUUUUCCUCUAUUUAUAGAUUGCUAUUUUAGGGGAAUACAUUAGAGCAUAUCUCACCUCUAUUAUAGAGUUCCCCUAUUUUAGAGGUGAAAAUAGCAAAAUACAUUGGAGAUGGUCUAACACAACAUGUAAAUCGUCAAAAAUCACAUGCAUCAAUUCAACAUCGUCUUUGACAAGUGUCCUAUACGUUAAUGAUUAUUAUUUUUAGAAGAUCCAAAUUUUCUAUAUAUUCGAACAUCAUCGAAAAUGAAGGAAAUAAAUGAAAGAAGUCACGAAAAAAAGAGAGGUCAAAUUUGACAUAAAAUUUUUAGCCAUUUGUCAUUAAGAUUCGAAUAAAAAAAAUUGGCAUAAAACUAAGAAAAAAAUGAAAAUCAUUUUUUGUUAUUGUAAAGUUAAAUUUAUUGAUCAAUAUAAGAACAAAUAAUCAAAUAUGGAAAUUGGAAAUUUAGAGAGCCUCACCCUUGUUCCUUACCAGCCGCUUUUGCUUGGAACCAUUUAAAAUGAAGAGUUCCUAGCCUCUUAGCGAGACCACAGAAAAAUACCAUCUUUGUAUUAUUUUAUCGAUUAGUUUAACAAUAUAGGUCGUCAGAUAACAAGAUUCAUUAUGUUGACGCUCAUUUCUUCUCUUUCACAUGUGGUAUAUUAUCGACUGAAACACUAUCUAGUAAAAGAGAAAAAAAUAUCUAGUAAAAGUGUAAAACACCUCGUCGGAUUUAUAUUCUUUCGCAUGUAACGUUCAAAAAAAUACCUGUAAUUAACGCCAUAACGGAAUCUCUACCUUUUAACAUGUUACCAAAAGAAACGAAAUCUUUACCCAUCAUUCUCUCUGCCUUGUAAAAUUCAGUGGUAAUCCAUCCGUUAUUGGAGCCGUAUAAAAAUCGAACAAUAUAAUUGAAGUAGAAUAUAUUAUAAUUGUUCCUUUUAAGAAAUGAAAAAAUAGAAUCAGCUAUUGAAAGUAUAUGAUGGAAAACUAUUUUUAAAGUAAAAAAUAGAAUGUUACAAAAAAGAUAGUAAAAAAUAGAUAUAACAUGUUAAGAAGGGUCUGAAAGAAUAUCGAUCCUAAUCAUAGAUAUGCCAACUAAUUUUACGGUAUUGAAUAAUCAUCACGAUUAUUAGAAACAAUAGCAGCAUUUGGGAAAGCAAAUUAUUAUAUCUUGUAUGACGUUUCAUGUUGCAACCAAGCUACAUAUCGACCCACUUGACCUACUCUUAUUUCUUAUUUUCUUGUGGGCAUUAGAAUAUUAUGUCCUGAUUUAAUCGCCUCUGCUACCAAAAAAAUAAUCGCCUCUGCCGUAUGAUAUCAGUUAAAAUGAGAUCUUAUUACACGAAUUAGAGAAACUGGCUCAUAUAUGAACAUUUAAAACUAAAUUUGACCCAAUAAACAUGGUAUCCACAUGAUCAUGUCUCACCAGAGUUCUAGAUAUAAAUUUCCUAACUAUAUAAAAUAUAAAAUGAAACGGUUCAAUUUUAGGGUUAGGGUUUACAACUGAAUCUUAUAGUUUAUUCUUAGGGUUUGAUUAGGGUUUAUAAUUUAUAAUUUUGGGGUUUCAUUUUAAAUAUUUUGUUAAUUAUUUUAACUAUGUUAUUUAAAUAUAUGUAUAUACCUAUAUCACAUGUGCUACAAUAGCAUAAAAUAAACUGAUUGAUUGUAUUGCAUUAGUAAAUAGGACAACACGACAUUUGGUUAUUAUAUGUUUUAAAAUUGAAUUACACUCUAUAAUAUUAUGUAGGUGUAUUUUCUUAAUUUUGGAUAAAAACUGUUUUUAAUUUUCUAUUAAAUGGAACUGACUUUUUUUUUAUUUCUAAUAGUAAUAAUUAAAAUAUAUAAUAUUUUCAGAAAACUUUUGAGAAUUUUUUUGAGAAAUGAAUCUCAGCUAAAAAUGUUAAGGACGUCCGCUCUAAUUAUUUGAACUACACAUGUUUCUCUGCUAUCAUUUACUGAGUACAUACUUAUAUAAAAUGUACAAUGGAAAAAGGCUUUGUAACAAACAAGUACAAUCCAUUAAUUCAUGAGAUAAAAAAUUAUUAAUUUUACAACAGUUUUUGUGUAAUUUAAUUCUGUUUAUUUUAUUUUAUUUUUGUAAGAGUUUUGUGUGGACAACAAACAAUAAAAAGACUUUUCAUAUGACGCAUAUUAAAACUUCAUAAGACGACAACAAACCAUGUAAAAAAUUUUUAAUACAAUUAUAAGCAUCAAGUGGUAUCAGAUGCUGAACAAGAAAUAAAAAACUAUUUACAAAACACCAUUAUGUUCUUAUAUUAUAUUUGGACAAAUUCGAUUUUUAUUUUGCUAGAAAAGUAUGAGAAUUGUGAGCUUUCCUAUUGUUGUACUUGUAUAUGUAUGUAUUAAUUUCAAAAUUUUCUAAAUUCAAUUUCAUUUUUUUUUGAACAAAAAAUUCAAUUUCAUUAAAAUUUAUUUAUUUUAAGAUAAGUCAGCAGAUAUUCGUACCUAUUACCUUUUAGAUACAUCAUCAACUAAACCACUAUAUAUUUGAUUAUUUUCUGUUGUCCGUAGUGCCGAUUGUGUGUUCAUCUCUGAAACACCCUUGGGAUCAAUUUAGCCAUAGUAAACACUAAUCAAUUGAGCCAUAGUGGUUUAGUUGAAGGUGUUUACUAAACAAUAGAGCCGGAUGUAGGCACAUUCCAAUAAAAUAUUAGCUUUAGUCUCCAUUUUUUUUGGAAAUUAUAUACAUGAAAAAAUGAUUUUAAUUAAAUUGUGAAAAGUUUUUAUUAAAGUUCUUAAUAAAUACUUAUAAUCUCAAAAUUGUAGAUCCGGUUUUGUGCUUUGUAAAUGUUAAUUAUAUUGAUAAGUUCUUCUAAAUUUGAGCUAAGUUAUUUCCAAUUAAAAUGGUCGUCUCGAGGAAACCUCAUCAGUUCAGUUCUCGGUCUUGUGGGCAUCUCCAACAAUGAUAUCAAAUUUGGUGUUGAAAUUAUACCAAAUUUGGUGUUUUGGUGUCAAUUGUUUUUUGUCAAUCUCUAACAAUAACACCAAAUCUUACACCAAAAGCAAUAUUAUAUAUUAUUUGAUGUUUUCAUUUUUAAAACUUUUAUAUUUCUAUUAUUUGUAAUUGAUAAAUAAUAAUUAUGUUACAUCUAGAUUAUAUUUAUAUUUUGUUAUUUGUAAGUGAUAAAUAGUAAUAAUUAUUUACUAAUUUAUGAAUAUAUUAAUAAAAUAAAAAUUUAAUUAAAAUUUUAAUUAUAUGAAAAUAAAUUAAAAAUACAAAUAAUAUAAUAUUAUUUAUGUUUAAUUACAAAUUUUAUAGUAAUUGAUCUAUAUUAUUAAAUGAAACAUAUUAAAAUAUUUUAGAAAUUUUGUGUGAUGAAUAUUAUUACACCAAAUGUGAAAAUAAAUUUAAAAUAAAAUAAUACAAUAUAUUUAUGUUUAAUUACAAAUUUGAUAGUAAUUAAGUUAUAUUUUUAAAUGAAACAUAUUAAAAUAUGUAUUUUAAAGAUUUGGUGUGAUGAAUAGUGUUACACCAAAUUUGGUGUAAUACUAUUCAUAUUACACUAAAUUUGGAGGGAUAAUAUUAAAUUUGGUAUGUUGUUGGACAUGAAAUUUCACCAAAUUUGGUGUUUUGGUUUCUUGUUGGAGAUGGUCUGAGAACAAUAUAAGAAAGUCAAUUUCGUUAUGCUAAAACUGUGACGUUGCGAUCAAUCUUUAUUACACAGCCCUAUUCUCCAACCAUAAAUGGACCAAUGAUUUGUUUUUUUGUUGACCAAUGGUUUUCGUUUUUUCUGUUUAGGGUUGCCUGAGAAAUAUCUAUUUUGUCCUGUGCAAAUUUAAAUAUACUUAUUUAUAAGUAUUGACUGUCGGCACAUCAAGAAGAGACUACUCUCAAGGGGCCAGAAUUCUAUAUUUGACAUCGGCCAGAAUUCUAUAUAUAUAUAUAUAUAUAUAUUAUUUUUUUCUCUUUUAAAUUCUUUAUUAAAUGGAAAUUAAAUAAUUUAUGUAAUCUUACAUUUAUGAUUUUCUUUUCUAAAUAAACUCACUAGAUUUUUUCACCCCGAAAAUACCACAAAUUCAUUCAAGCUUACUUUAAGUUUAUUUACUAGGAAAAUGUAAAACAUAACUUUAUUUUUUCAUAAUUAACAGGAUAAAAAUAUAUUACAAAAUAAUUUUUGUAUACGUGGAAUUAAAAAGUGAUAUUUUAGAAUAUUCAUAGAAAAGUAACUAAAAUAAUGUUUUUAAAAAUAAGAACUGGUUAAUUCACCCAAAACAAAAACUCAUCGUUUUUUUUACUAAAAUCAAAACUCAUGGUUAGAGGGUAAAUAUUUAAUAUUUAUUUAGGUAGAAUACUAUCACUUUAAUAUAUCUAAUAGACGACGGGUUUAAUUAUUUGUUGUAAUUAUUAUUUAAAUUCAUAAAUAGAAUGAAUAAUUAACAUAUCACUUUUAUGAUGAAUAUAACAUAGUUUGCAUUUUAAAGUUCAAGAAUAAUUUUCAAAAAAAAAAUUAUAUGACUUUAGAUCUUUAUUAUUGUGAUAUACAUAAUUUAUGUAUUUCUGGCUAGGAAUUUCUUAAUGACCAAAAUUUGUAUUCAAGAAAAAUAAUUGUCAUCGAAUUAGAAGUUAUACAAGACGUCCCAGUUAAAUGUUUUUUUAUGUCCAUAGCUCUUUACCUUAUCACAAAAUGAUCACAACAAAAUAAACUUACUAAUUAAUUGUUUAAUACAUUUAGCUUUAAUAUAUGUAUCAUAUCAAAUCAUUUACAUUAUUAACUCUAAAAUAUCAAUAUAUAUGGGGACAUUUUGUAUAUGUAUACCAAAGACAAGCUUAAUAUAACUCAUAAAUUGUUGUUGUAUACCUUAAUUAAUGUUGUUAAGUUUGUUGGACGUUUAUACUACAACUAAUAAGUUUGGUGAAACAUAAUUAGGAUUAACAAUUUGGUGAAAUAGUGUGAUAAACAUAUGGAUCAGUUUAUUCGGUUAUUAUUCAGAAUAAUGUAACGAAACUUUUACUGUUAUUAUUAUGGAGAUCAGUUUAAUUUCUUGUAAUUUUGUUUUGUUUUCUUCAGUUUAUAUAGUGCAGUCUCUCGGAUUUUUCGCGGACAAGAAGCAGGUCCCUCAAUCGUGUCUAUCGAAGCUUAUGUGGCAGAGAACUGCCACAUCAGGAUAUGAUGAUCUCAUCUAUUUUGUCGUUUUUUCGCCGCCUAACGUCACUCUUAGAACGCGACGUGGAAAUAAAAAUCCUCUUGUUCCUUUUUUCAUAUAGUGAUAGAUACUUGUGAUUUCUGGUUUUUUAAUACAUUGAAAAUAUAUAAACCGGUUUUGUGGUUGGUCCCCCUUCGGUUGUAUAAAAUAAAUCUAUUAGUAGUUUUUUAAGGCAGCCAUAUUUGUCUACGAGACCUAUGAAAACAAUAUAACAAUAAAAUACAACCCACUUUCAAGUAUCUAAUAAAUUACAGAAAUUCCAUGCCCCUAUAUAUACAGAAUUAUGCUUUGAAAUAAGUUAUUGCUACAACAAAAGAGAGAUUAAAAAAAAAAGAGGAAACAAUAUUUGAAAAGGAAAAAAAAAGACAUGGAAUAUUCGCAAUCUACCAUGUAUUCUUCUCCUAGUUCUUGGAGCUCAUCACAAGAAUCAUUCUUAUGGAAUGAGAGUUCUUUCUUAGAUCCAUCAUCUAAUCACCAAUCCUUCUUUUCCGCCGAUUAUAUUUACUCCGAUGAAUCAAAUCAUCAAUCUUUCUUUUGCCCUAAUGAUAAUUACUCCAUUGACUUUUUCUCAUUUGAGUCCCCUGAGAUGAUGAUUAAAGAAGAAACCCCAAACGCCGACGUUUCUAAUUCCGAGGAAGAAGAAGAAGAAAAGAUUGGUAGUGUUAUUGAUGAAGAGAAGUCAUACAGAGGAGUGAGGAAAAGGCCAUGGGGAAAAUUUGCAGCAGAGAUAAGAGACUCGACUAGAAACGGGAUUAGGGUUUGGCUCGGGACGUUUGACAAAGCCGAAGAAGCAGCUCUUGCUUAUGACCAAGCGGCUUUUGCAACAAAAGGAUCUCUCGCGGUUCUCAACUUCCCCGUGGAAGUGGUCAGAGAGUCGCUCAAGAAAAUGGAGAAUGUGAAUCUUGAGGAUGGUGGAUCUCCGAUAAUGGCCUUGAAGAGAAAACAUUCACUUCGAAACAGGCCUAGAGGGAAAAAGAGAUCUUCUAAUUCUCUUUCUUGUUCUUCUUCUAAUUCAUCUUCCUCAACAUCUUCUUCUUCCUCAUCUUCAACAUCAAGAUCAAGAAAUGUUAAGCAGUGUGUUGUGAAGCAAGAAAGUGGUACACUUGUGGUUUUUGAAGAUUUAGGUGCUGAAUAUUUAGAGCAGCUUCUUAUGAGCUCAUGCUGAUCUGGUAACUGAUUCCAGCUAUAGCUAUCAUUAAACUUUAAUUCUGUGGUAGUUUUGAAAUUUGUUUGCUCAUUGUGAAAGUUCUUUAAUUGGUUUUCUUCAUUUUCCUUUCUUGUAUCCAUAUGAAAUUAUUGGAAGAGAUGUGAUGGUGAUGUUGAACUGUAUAAAAACUAUUAUUGCGUUUUAUCGCUGGAAGUGUGUGUGUCCACCUUAAAUGCUUCACU